AAACAUUUCGAAACGGAGGGAGUAUAUAACAACAGUAGUAAAGCGUGCUUAGCCAGGCUAGCUGGACGGCCAAAAAUAAUUUUGCCAAAAUAAUACUAUCACCUUGACUUUGCCUUGACUUACAUUACGAUUCAGAUCAUCGAUCACUCGUCCUCUUAUUCGCUACUAAUUUCCUUCGCACAUCCAGCAAUCAGAUAUCCUGAGAUAGACAGAGACAGCACAGAAGUAAAGAAGGCCCGUUGUCACUGUCAGCUAGUGCGAGCUGAGUAGUGGUAGAAGCAUGGCAGAAUCGCUGCUCCUCCCGGUGGUGCGCGGGGUGGUCGGCAAGGCGGCCGGCGCGCUCGUCCAGAGCGUCACUCGCAUGUGCGGCGUCGACGGCGAUCGCCACAAGCUGGAGCGCCAGCUUCUGGCCGUCCAGUGCAAGCUGUCCGACGCCGAGGCGAAGAGCGAGACCAGCCCCGCCGUGAAGAGGUGGAUGAAGGACCUCAAGGCCGUCGCGUACGAGGCCGACGACGUCCUCGACGACUUCCACUACGAGGCACUGCGCCGCGACGCCCAGAUCGGCGACUCCACCACCGACAAGGUACUCGGCUACUUCACGCCGCACAGCCCCCUCCUGUUCCGUGUUGCCAUGAGCAAGAAGCUGAACAGUGUCCUCAAGAAGAUCAACGAGCUGGUUGAAGAGAUGAACAAGUUUGGCCUAGUGGAGCGUGCAGAUCAGGCAACAGUACAUGUGAUCCAUCCUCAGACGCACUCCGGCCUCGAUAGCUUGAUGGAGAUCGUUGGCAGAGACGACGACAAGGAGAUGGUGGUGAAUUUGUUACUUGAGCAGCGAUCCAAGCGGAUGGUUGAGGUGCUAUCAAUCGUAGGGAUGGGGGGAUUGGGCAAGACCACACUUGCGAAGAUGGUGUACAACGACACAAGGGUUCAACAACGCUUUGAGUUGCCCAUGUGGCUCUGUGUCUCAGAUGAUUUCAAUGUUGUUUCUCUAGUCAGAUCCAUUAUUGAAUUGGCUACCAGGGGAAAUUGCACCUUGCCAGACAGAAUCGAACUAUUGCGCAGCCGUCUACAUGAGGUGGUAGGCCGCAAAAGGUAUCUACUUGUUCUUGAUGAUGUUUGGAAUGAGGAGGAACAUAAAUGGGAGGAGCUGAGGCCAUUGCUGCAUUCUGCUGGUGCUCCAGGAAGUGUAGUACUUGUCACAACUCGGAGCCAGCGGGUAGCAUCCAUAAUGGGCACAGUUCCUGCUCACACGCUAUCAUACCUAAACCAUGAUGAUUCAUGGGAAUUAUUCCGGAAGAAAGCAUUCAGUAAAGAAGAGGAGCAGCAGCCAGAGUUUGCAGAGAUUGGCAAUCGUAUUGUCAAGAAGUGCAAAGGGUUACCUCUUGCUCUGAAGACAAUGGGAGGCCUUAUGAGUUCCAAGAAGCGAAUCCAGGAAUGGGAAGCUAUUGCAGGAAGCAAGAGUUGGGAGGAUGUUGGGACUACAAAUGAGAUCCUAUCCAUACUAAAACUGAGCUAUAGGCACUUACCACUUGAAAUGAAGCAAUGUUUUGCCUUUUGCGCAAUCUUCCCAAAGGACUACCAGAUGGAGAGGGACAAGUUGGUCCAGCUCUGGAUAGCGAAUAAUUUCAUCCAAGAGGAGGGGAUGAUGGAUUUGGAAGAGAGAGGACAGUUUGUUUUCAAUGAGCUAGUGUGGAGGUCCUUCUUCCAAGAUGUAAAGGUAGAAAGUUUUCAUGUCGGGAUUAAACAGACUUACAAGUCAAUUACAUGCUACAUGCAUGAUCUAAUGCAUGAUCUAGCAAAAUCUGUCACAGAGGAAUGUGUUGAUGCGCAAGACCUGAACCAGCAAAAAGCCUCGAUGAAAGAUGUCCGCCAUCUGAUGUCAAGUGCCAAGUUGCAAGAGAACAGUGAAUUAUUUAAACAUGUGGGACCUCUUCACACAUUAUUGUCACCAUAUUGGUCAAAAUCAUCACCACUACCCAGAAAUAUCAAGAGAUUAAACUUGACGUCUUUACGAGCAUUGCAUAAUGAUAAAUUGAAUGUUUCUCCAAAGGCAUUAGCAAGUAUAACACACUUACGAUACCUUGAUCUUUCUCAUUCUAGUAAGCUAGAACAUUUACCUGAUUCAAUAUGUAUGUUAUACAGCUUGCAAGCUUUGAGGUUAAAUGGUUGCUUGAAACUUCAGCAUUUACCAGAGGGUAUGAGAUUUAUGAGCAAGCUCAGGCACCUUUAUCUUAUUGGUUGUCAUAGCUUGAAACGCAUGCCACCAAGAAUUGGUCAGCUAAAGAACCUCCGGACUCUUACCACAUUUGUUGUGGAUACCAAAGAUGGAUGUGGGCUUGAAGAACUGAAAGACUUGCAUCAUCUAGGUGGCCGACUAGAACUGUUUAAUCUGAAAGCUAUACAAAGUGGGUCAAAUGCAAGAGAAGCCAAUCUCCAUAUCCAAGAAAAUGUAACUGAGUUGUUGUUGCACUGGUGUCAUGAUAUAUUCGAGUACAGUGACCAUGACUUUGAUCUCGAUGUUGUUGACAACAAAAAGGAGAUCGUAGAGUUCUCUUUACCUCCUAGCAGACUUGAAACAUUGCAGGUAUGGGGCUCUGGUCAUAUUGAAAUGUCAUCAUGGAUGAAAAACCCCGCAAUUUUCCUAUGCCUAAAAGAACUCCACAUGUCUGAGUGCUGGAGAUGUAAGGAUCUACCACCGUUAUGGCAGUCUGUCUCUCUUGAGUCCCUGUCUUUAUCCCGUUUGGAUAAUUUGACCACAUUAUCUAGUGGCAUUGACAUGGCUGUUCCAGGAUGCAAUGGUUCCCUGGAAAUUUUUCCAAAGCUGAAGAAGAUGCAUUUACAUUACUUACCUAACUUGGAGAAAUGGAUGGACAAUGAAGUAACAUCGGUGAUGUUCCCUGAGCUCAAAGAAUUAAAAAUUUACAAUUGUCCAAAGCUAGUGAAUAUUCCAAAAGCUCCUAUCCUACGAGAGCUGGAUAUAUUCCAGUGCAGAAUUGCACUGAACUCACUCAGCCAUCUUGCAGCACUUUCCCAACUCAACUAUGUUGGUGACUGGAGUGUUUCUAAGGAUUUGCAGGUAAUACCAAUACGCUCCUGGCCAUCUCUUGUGACAUUAGCGCUAGCCUCUUUAGGGAACUCGCUUCUCCCAGAUGAGCAGCAGACGACCAUGCCCCCUCUGGAAUCAAUUCAGAAGCUGAGCAUUUGGUAUUCUAGUUGUUUCUUCUCACCUAAUUCGUCAAACUGGCCCUUUGGUUUCUGGGAUUGCUUUGCAUUUGUGGAAGAAUUGUCGAUAGUAUUAUGCGACGAUCUUGUCCAUUGGCCUGUGAAGGAGCUCUGUGGCUUGAAUUCCCUUCGUUGUGUAAGAUUUAGUUAUUGCAAGAAUCUGACCAGUUCAUCAUCAGAAGAAUCCUUAUUCCCGUCUGGUCUGGAAAAGUUGUACAUAGAAUUUUGCAAUAACUUAUUAGAGAUUCCCAAGCUCCCUGCUUCACUGGAGACACUACGCAUUAAUGAAUGCACUUCUUUGGUGUCUCUGCCACCAAAUCUUGCAAGACUUGCCAAGUUGAGAGAUCUCACAUUAUUUUCUUGCUCAAGUCUGAGAAAUUUGCCUGAUGUUAUGGAUGGCCUCACUGGUCUUCAGGAACUAUGUGUUCGGCAGUGCCCUGGGGUAGAGACACUGCCACAGAGUCUUCUUCAGCGACUGCCAAACCUCAGGAAGCUAAUGACACUAGGAAGCCACAAGUUAGAUAAGCGAUGCAGAAGAGGAGGGGAGUACUGGGAGUAUGUCUCUAAUAUUCCAUGUCUGAACAGAGACUUCAUAGAAGAAAGACCCUGUUAAGGGGUUUGCAAAGAAAUUCCUGCCUUGCUGCUCAACUCUCAACUAAGGUCUGCCUACAUGCACUGCCUCUUCUCUUUUUUUCCCCUUCUCCUCCUUGGAUUAUGUAAGAGUGAUUUUACAGUCAUUGAGGAGAUACCAUAUUUUUCUAGUGUAAAAUAUGGUACCUCUCAAGGACCGUGAAUUUACUCAUUAUGUAAAUGUAAUGUUUGUGUUCCUCUGAAUCUGAAUCUGUGAUAGGUGGAUAGCAGUGAACAACCCA